AUGCUCCAAAUCGGCCGCACGCACGGCACUCUCGCACGCACCCAAAUCGAAGGCAGCAUCGCCUUCUAUGCCACCUUGUUCCAAGAAACAGCCAAGCUCGACUGGGCGCGGGUGCGCUCGACCGCGCUCGAGUUCGAACCGGUGAUCCGUCGCAAAUGGCCGGCCUAUCUCGAAGAGAUGCGCGGCAUCGCUGAGGGCGCCGGAGUCGAGCUAUCGGAUGUGCUGGCGCUGAAUGUGCGCACCGAAAUCGCGUUUGGCUUGUUCACCGACGGCUGCACGAUGCUGGCCUGGCACUCCAAGGAGCAGUCUGGCAGUACGGCAAUCAUUGCGCAGAAUUGGGAUUGGAGAGCAGAGCAACGCUCCAAUUUGAUUGCGCUUAGCAUCGUGCAAGACAACCUUCCGUCGAUAAAGAUGAUCACCGAAGGCGGCAUCAUCGGCAAGAUAGGCUUCAACAGCGCAGGCGUCGGCUGCACACUCAACGCCAUCCGCGCGAUAGGAAUGGACCCCACCCGCAUGCCGUGCCAUCUGGCCUUGCGCGCCGUUCUCGAGUCGCCCUCCAAAGACGCCGCCGUCGCUACCAUCGAAAAGCACGGGGUCGCUUCUUCUUGCACCAUCAGCAUCGCUGACGCCGAGACGGGCUCCGUCAGCCUGGAGUGGAGCGCGACCGACGUCCAGAAGCUGUUCCCCGACGGCACGGGGCGCAUCUACCACAGCAACCAUUACCUAGUCGACCACCCGGGCGUCAAGGACACGGUCUAUCUUCCGGACAGCAUUCCCCGCGUGAAGCGCAUCAGGGAGCUGAGCGAGGCGCUGGGGAAGGUCGACCCGACCGUGAGCGAGUUGCUUGACGUCUUCAAGGACGAGCAGAACUUCCCCAAGAGCAUCAACCGCAAGCAGGUCGAGGCGAGGCAGUCGGAGACUCUGUUCAAUAUCAUCUGCGACCUCAAGGCCAGGAAGGCCUAUGUUACUGAGGGUCGUCCAACCGAGGCAAAGAGUACCUUCACGCUGGAGCUUUGA